CCGCGCCUGCUCGUCAUUCUGGCACUGUCAGCUGGACCGAGCAUCAAGCCGUGCUCCAACAAGGCAGCCAGAUGCCGGCAUAUGUAUUCAACAGCCAGCCUCACAGUGUCUUGGAAUGCACCAUCCACAUAGCAAACGGCCUCCCUGAGGGCGGCACCUCCUGACCGGCUGUCACAGUCACCCUAACACGGCGAGCUCGUGACAUUUGAGAACUGGUUUUCAAAGAUAGCCUCAGGUACUCCAGGUAGUUCUUUAUCGGAUACCUAGCCCCCUAGACGCGAUUCUCUUCCUCCUUCAAACUACCUUCGAUGCCACCGAAUAUUUCUAACGCAGCCGCGCUUUGAGGCCAGCUCAACAUGGCGUCUAACGUCUUCUCGAGGCUUGUCCCAACGCCCAAGCGGCGCUCGUUUUACGAAGAACUCCGACGCCGACAAGACGAUACCGAGGAUCAGGCCGGUCUAUUGGACGAGGAGAACUUGAACCAUGACUUCCAUAACUACGAUCUAGGGCAUGCUGAAGGCCUUGGUGUUGGAGAUAGCCGCACCACUGUUGGCGAUGUGCCCGGCCCGGCCUCAAGAGGCCGUGGGCACCCCUCUGGUUGGCGCAACAAGGACCACCGGUCUACUUGGGCAUCGCAAGAAGACGACGGGGACAAUGAUGUUCCCGCGUCACUGCUGGUGGAACGCCACGAUCGAGACACAGAGGUGCCUGCCGGGCGGUCGAGGAGGAGCAAGAGAGGGCACCAAACCGCUGCGAUUCCAGGAUCAUCUAGGACUCGUCAACAAUGGGAGACGACGCAGGCGGAGCAGCGGCUGCACAACCACGAAGCUUCUGGGCAACCCUACGGGGGCCUCCCAAACUCACUCUUCGCUGGCAUGGUGUUGGGCAACGCCAAGAAGAAGGCGGAAUGGAGAUGGGCUAAUAUCUUGAAUCUCGACAACUUCAUGAAGGACGUCUACGACUACUAUCUCGGCAAUGGCAUGUGGUGCAUUCUGGUGGAGAGAGCCCUGCACCUAGUCAACGUGGCGUUCGUGGCCGUUCUUUUGACCUUUCUCUCCCAGUGCAUUGACUACGGCAAGCUUCGCGGCAGCCAGAAGCUUUCGCAGAUCCUGGUUUCCCAGUGCACCAAGAACAUGUCUGGCCUGUGGAACUUUGGGUUGUGGAUGUUUUCUUUUUACUUUAUCUGGAAGUUGGUCCAGUAUCUCCUGGAUAUCAGGCGGCUCUUGAACAUUCGCGACUUCUACCUUUACCUACUUGACAUCCCAGACGAGGACAUGCAGACCAUCACCUGGCAGGAGGUAGUCGCUCGCAUCAUGACACUCCGCGACAUCAACCCAAAAACGGCAUCCGCCUUGACCCAGACACAGCGACGCUGGGUUGGCGGACAGUCUAAGGAGAGGCUUGACGCAUCCGACAUUGCCAAUCGGCUCAUGAGGCGAGAGAACUACCUGAUUGCGCUGGUCAACAAGGAUAUCUUGAAUCUGACCAUCCCGCUGCCCUUCUUGCGCAAUCGCCAACUCUUCUCCCGGACCAUGGAGUGGAUCCUGAUGUUCAGCAUCCUCGACUUUGUCUUUGACGAGAGCGGCCAGGUCAAUCAGGAAUUUCUUAAACCAGGACGCCGGGGUGAACUCGGUCUGAAGCUUCGUGGGAGAUUCAUCUUUGCUGGUCUCAUGGUUCUUAUCCUCUCACCCUUCCUGGCUGGGUACCUUCUUGUCGUCUAUUUUCUCAUGUACUAUCAUGAAAUACAAAGAAACCCCUCAGUUCUGUCGUCACGGACCUACACGCCGCUGGCCGAAUGGAAAUUCCGAGAAUUCAACGAGCUGCCCCAUCUCUUUCGGAAGCGGCUCGACAUGUCUCAUCCAUUUGCAAGCCACUACAUCGACCAGUUCCCUAAGGCCAAGAUGGAGAUGCUUGCGCGGACCGUGGCGUUUAUCUCCGGCGCCCUUGCCACGGUGCUUGCGAUUGCGUCAGUGGCCGACCCUGAGUUGUUCCUGGGUUUUGAGAUCACCCCUGACCGGACCGUUCUCUUCUACACAGCCGUUUUUGGAAGCGUGUGGGCGUUCGCCCGGGGGAGCAUAUCGGAGGAGAAUUCGGUGUUCGACCCCGAGUAUGCCAUGCGCAACGUCAUUCAAUACACGCAUUACGAGCCGGAUCACUGGGAAGGCAGGCUACACAGCGCCGACAUCAAGCAGGAGUUCUCGGCCCUGUACAAGGUCAAGGUGGCCAUUUUCAUCGAGGAAAUCUUGAGCAUCCUGACCACACCCUUCGUUCUGUUCUCGAGUCUUCCAAAGUGCAGCGAUCAGAUUAUCGACUUCUUCCGCGAAUUCACCGUCCACGUUGACGGGCUCGGCUACGUCUGCACGUUUGCCGAGUUCGAUUUCAAGAAGGGCAUCGGCAAGGGCAACGCCAAUGCGGAUGCGGGGGACGUUCGAAAAGAUUACUACUCGACCAAGCACGGGAAGAUGGAGGCGUCGUACUAUGGAUUCAUGGGCAACUACGGCAAUUUUGCCCUCAACCCAAGGACGGGCGCGGCGUCGCAUCUCCCGCCAGGGACACGGAAUCAGUUCCAUCCGCCGCCAGCAUGGCCCAGCAUAAACUCGCCUCCAACGGCAACCGAUUUCCAAAGCUCGAGAAUGGAUCGUGAGCGAACGAGGGGCGGCGUGUCGGCCAAGGGCCCGCGGCACAGCGCUGCAUUGGCUCAGUCAGGGCCCAUGGCUUCUAUCCUGCUUGAUCCGCAUCAUCAACCGCCGAGUACUGCCCUUCACCCCAAUAGGAGUAUACACGCGGCCCGGCACCCACGCGGUGGUCAUCACCAACAAGGGGUCAUCGAAGAGGCCCUGGAGGACGACGAUUGCGAGAUGAGCGACGCUGCGAGGCCGCAGAACGAUGAGGAGGAGGCCUUUGAGAAUGGAGGCUGGCUUGAAGAGUCGGCGUGGCAGGCAUCGCCCACCAGGACAAUAAGUAGAGGGAACAGUGCAGCAGAGGACCGUGGACCGCCCGAGGCUGGGGUCGUGCAUAUGAUAUAUCAGUUCAAUCAGGCGCAACUGAAUCGUAGGCCGGGCGGUGUGAGAUGAAGUUGAUAAGCGCGCUGGGGUGUGUCCCAGACGGGACGAGCGGAUUGAAUUGACAUCCAAACAUGCAUUUUACACAUAUUCCAUGCAGCGCUGGUCACAAGUGGAAGAAGAGAAGCAAGAG